AUGAUUUCCGGUGGUGCCUUCCAGACAAUUGUGGAAAACGAAAAUAAUUGAUCGCAAACAAAUCGCAAUUAACAAAUUCAUUAGAAAAUUCUUAUUAAACUGUUGUGAAACUGUAUAUAUUAUAAAUAGUGCAUUAACGUUUUCAAAAAUAAGUGUAUUUACCUAAUCUAGAAGCCAUAUUCAAAGAUUAUAUUGAACAUAGAGUCCAUAAAACGCAAAACUUGCUGAAAUAAAAACAUUGAGGACUUUCUAUGGGAUCAUCGGCACAAAUAAUUGAAAAAUAAACACUGGAAAGUUUUAGUAUUUCAUAUAAAUGGAUCAAAUUCGACCUGCAGAACCAUCGAAUUUGAGCGGUGCCACAGGAACUGCAACUGAAGACCAACCUUUGAAUAGCAAUGAGGAAAUUGUAAAUACUAAUGAAGCAGGGGAAACACCACCCCCCAGUGAAGGCACCAAUGAACUCAGCCGUUCUGUAUCUGCCACAAAACCCAAUACAACUGAGGAAUCAACUGCAGGUCUUCCUUCUGCUGAAAAUGAAGCAGCUGUUCAGCCGUCUGCAACAACGUCAAGAAUAGAGCACGCGAUUAAUGAAAACAUUCCUCAGCAACUGCCCGAUACAGAGAGUGAACGGCAACAGUUACCAGAUGUUUCCACACUGGCCGUUGAAUUAAUCAAUGAUGCGGUAGCUAUCAUACAAGACGAUAUUGGCUACCAACAAGAAUCUGUACUCGUCCCAGACAAUGAUUUAGUUCCUGAUUUGGAACAUCCCGUCGCAGUCGCAGCUAAUAUGGAAAUUGAAACGGAACAACGAGAGGUUGAUGAAGUCAGUUCAGAUCAACAACCAGCUCAGGGGCCACAUAGCGGGUGGUAUUCACCAGUGUUCAGUGUUGACGAAAAUGAAGGCGAUGGUAAUGAAGAAGAUUUGCGAUUUGACCCUUCACCGCUAAUUGAACCGCUUUUGGAGGAUGACGAUAUGGUUGAACAAAGAGAUGAAGAGGAUGAUGACGAGCAAGCAAUGGCAGAAAAUGAGGGUGAGGACAACAUGAUACUAGAAGAUAUAUCGGACGACGCUUCAUCAUCUUCAGACGCAGUUUUCGAUAAUGAUCUGAUGCGUGCUGCUUUCAGAGAAAUGUUGGUGCAAAAUAGACGAGGUGGAGAAAAUUUUAUGCAGCGCUUACGCAGCGCCUUCUUUACAAUGGAACAUAACAGAGAACGCCGGCGCGUAGAACCGGAAAGUAGCGAAUUAGAAAUCGAGGAGCCGGAUCCUGAAAACCCAGUUACCUUUGAUACAAAUUUACCAGCAGAACAUUCAUAUUUGGGUGAGAACAUGAACCGCGUGUCUGGUGUGCAUUACUUGGAAGUGGGCAAGGAGUACAACAUGAUGCUUUUUAUGCAUCAACACAUCUUAUUUCCUGGCGAAGUUCUGCCUUUCAUGAUCUCUGGGUCAAUAAUAGAUAUGGAUACGGAAAAUGGUAUGCUCUUUGGUGUAUGCUUCCCAAUACUCUGCAAUCGAGAGGAAGUCGGCGAUAACUUUUAUGGGGUUACAUGUCAAAUCUAUGAAAAGGGCAUGGACGAACGUGGUAAUACGUUGAUUAAGUCACGUGCACUGCAGCGUUUCGUUACUAAAGGCAGCCAAGUUACUGGCCCACUUUCAUUCAUUGCCGCCCAUCCGCAGCUUAAGGUUUAUGGUUAUGUGAGAAUCCUUCCCGAAAUAUAUCUGCGUGAACCUCUUAAAUGCAUUAAUAUGGGCUCAUUAAAUCGAUACCGCGAUAUAGAGUCCAUGAGCGACACGUAUAAACGCUAUCAAGCAGCCACAACACCUUGGCCUGCACACGUGUAUGACUAUUACAGCAUUACAGCGAUUAUAGAGAAGGCGCGUUCUCAGCUAGCACAUCACAAAAUCGACACUAUGCCAACAGAUCCAACUCAGUUAUCAUUUUGGUUGGUUCGCAACCUUCACCUAUCAGAUAGCCUCAUGAAAACAAUUUUCUUGACAGAUUCAGUGAAUAUCCGCAUGAAAAUUAUAUCAAAUACAUUUACAGAUGAUUCGGUUUUUACAUGUCGUUAUUGUGGCAACCGCAUCGCAAAUUGUCAACAACUUUUCGCAAUGUCAAAACACGGAGUGCAAACUCAGUACUGCAAUUCAGCUGGAUAUAUACAUGAAACGAAUACCGUAUAUCAACUAUUACCAGACGCAAUAACUUAUAGCGGCCAAUCAUCUUCAAAAUUCAGUUGGUUUCCUGGCUACGAAUGGCACAUUAUUGUUUGCAAGAUCUGCUCACGGCAUAUUGGAUGGAAAUUUAAGGCCCUCGAACCCAAUUUGGUACCAAAAUCGUUCUUUGGGAUUUCCAGCUCCAGUGUACGUAUAGGUUCGCCGACACCGGGAAAUACCAAUGAACGUGCAGCCGUUUUUCAAAGUCUAAUGAGGUUGGCGCGUACAGAAAUGCAAUGAAUUUGGAGAGCGGUGAAGCGUUUGUACUGUUGCAACCAUUGUUGCGGCUUGAGACUUAAUAACCGUGCUCUUCAGCCGCAAGCAAAUGAGCUAAACGUCAUUGAUUUGGUAUGACUCAUAUGUUUUAGUUUGGAUUGCAGAUUUGAUUGUGAAACGUUUCACCCAUUAUUGGAAUGCAAGAAAAAUGAAUUCGAAUGAAAAUGUUUCUAUUAUUUUAGGUGCAUACUCGUAAAGGUAAAAUGUUUGCAAUUGUCAAACAUAUUAGGACUAUUCUCGGAGUCUUGAAAAGUCUUUGCACGGUGCAUAGAUUGCACGAAAAAAACCGGUUUUCCUAUGGGACAGCUUGCAAGCCGUGCAAUCCGUGCACCGUGCAAAGGUUUUGCAAGAUUGCGAGUAUACCCCUAUUGGCUUGUGGAAAGAUAGUACGUACACACAUACACAUGGUUAUGUAUAUACAUAUGUACGUACAUAUGUGGCUGGUACACGAAUAUUACCAUAAUUUGUUUAACCAAUAUCGGUCUGCUAUGUACUUAUAUAUUUUGUUAAAUGUUCCAAAUCGAGUGCCAUCUAGUACAUAUAUAUAUAAUAUAUAUAUGGAUGUGUGCAUGUACGAACGUAUAUCAUAUUUUUCAUUGAAAUGUAUGUAAAAUCUCUUUAAAAAAGAGUCACUAGACGGGUCGUGAACUUUAUCUGCUACCAUGCUCUGUAAACAAGUAAAAUUCUGAAAUUAACCAGUAUGAAAAAGAAAAAGAAAAUAAAUGCUUUGACCACCA